CCAAGGUAACAGGACCUGAGCCCUCCAGCCCCAACUGCCGUGGUGCCGACAGCAUGCAUAACGCCAACGGCUCGACCCCCUCUCCGAGCGCCGCCAACAGCCUCGCUGACGCAUUCAAGAGAGCAGCACACAGCGCGGAGGAGAUCCCGUUGCCGACUGUCGUGGACCAGGACGGGGACCUUAGACGAACGUUUCCUGAUGAGGUCGCGGAAGCCACGGUUCCUGACACGUGCCCAAGAGACACACCAUCGGGCCUGGCCGACGACGGGCGCGAGGUACGCGAAGAAGGAGAGAGGACCGGCGACCUGCCAGGCAACGGCGCUAUAUGCUCUCGACGCGAAGGUCCUGUGCCUGAGGAGGGAGACAGAAUCAUGGUCAUGAAGGAAGCUUGGUUGCAGCUCGUCAUGAACCGUCUAAAGACUCUGGAGAUCCGCGGUGCGCCGGCUGCGUUGGGGAGAACUUGGUUGGGCUGCAAUGGCCAAAUUCACGGAGCAGCCAACAUCGUCAACUGCAGCAUCAUCACGGAGGCAGACUUCCAAGCCACAAGAGCGCAGCAGAGGCACUUGGGAGAAAUGCCCAACUACAAGAAAACGUACGCCCUGACUCUGCAAGAUGUGACGCAGCUCGAGCCAAGCAUCGACUACUAUCGGCUGCCAGCCACAUCGCCGUGGGCGGUGUUUCGCACCGGACCAACUGGCAAAGCGCGUCGGUCGGGGGCGCAGAAAAGAACUUUGGAGCAAGCGCAUGACACGAAGGCAUGCGAAGACAUGCCGACGGAGCUCCGAGCCGAAGCCAGCCCGUUGCCGCUGACAUCCGGCAUGGUGGACCAAGAAGAGCCUUCGCUCGGGGCAGGAGACCGGACGGACGAGCAUGACGACAGGAACAAGGAGUGA